AUGUUAUUAUGAUGGAGCAAAAUGGGCUGUACGAGAGACUUCACUACCAUUUUUUUCCUCCAAUUUUCAUGGUUUUUUUUACCUGCUUCUCACAAGUGGCAACAAUAAUCUGGAAAGGAGAGACUGUAUGCUGUGAAAGCGUAUUCAAAGGUAUCUUUGGCAACAGUUUUUCUUGGGGGGCAGUGGCUCUGCUCUUCCUAUGGGCUUUCAUCUGGCUCUGGUUUCCAAGUAGAAUCGUGCAAGGACCACGUUCUCCUGAAGGUGUUGUCCCUGUGUACAAAGAAAAUGGGUUGCCUUAUUAUUUUGCUUCCAUAGCUGUGUUCCUCCUUCUGGAACACUUUAACCCUGGAUUGUCACAAGAGAUUUACAACAAUAUGUCAGAAAUUCUCGGAACGCUGAAUAUUAUAUCUUUUGUCCUCUGUUUUUAUCUUUUUUAUAAGUCAGAAUCUAGAAAGGAUUUACACCUUCCAAAACUGUACUUGUUCUACAGGGGGCUAGAUUUAUAUCCGAAAAUUUUCAACGUACAGGUAAAACAACUGGUCAACUGCAGGGUCGGCAUCAUCCUGUGGCAAAUCCUUCCACUUUCUUAUUUCAUUGUUCUUUGCAAUAGAUGGGGGUUCAAUUUGCCAGCUUUCGGCACACUCCUUAUUCAGAGUCUUUAUAUAUUUAAAUUUUACACCUGGGAGAUUGAGUAUUUUAACACUCUGGAUAUAAUUUUGGACCGUGCGGGUUAUUACAUAUGCUGGGGAUGCUUGGUCUGGCUGCCUUGCUUAUAUCCUUCAAGUUCUUACUACUUCGUUCAUUAUGUACCACAAGCAUCCAGUCGUUUAAUUUUUGUGUGCAUAAUAGCUGGUGCAAUUUGUACCUAUGUCCAGUACAAAAUUGAUACAGAGAAGGCAAAAUUUAAGAUAAACAAUAAUGCAAUCAUAUGGGGAAAGCCGGCCACUUAUAUAAAAGUCACUGAUGAAAAGGAAAAACGUACAAGGAGUCUUCUCACAUCAGGUUUCUGGGGAAUUGCCAGACAUUUGAACUACACUAUGGAAAUAAUCAUCGCAUUCUCGUACUCUCUACCUGGAUAUAAUUUGGGCCUUGUUCCUUUCUUAUAUCCAAUUUUUAUAACAAUCCUUUUAUGUCACAGGUUGUACAGAGAUGAGAAAAAGUGCCAAAAACAAUACGGCAAGUAUUGGGACCAGUACUGUACUCUAGUGCCUUAUAGACUAAUACCGUAUGUGUUUUAAAUAUAAACUGUUGCUUUUACUUUUUA